AUUUUGGGUUGUUAAUCUUUCUCGUGCCACUUUCUGUUUGUUUUCUCUCUCCCGCUAUGGUUUGAAGGAACAAUAAAAUAACACCCUUCACAACAAUGACCAUUUAGCUAACUCUCUCUCUCUCUCUCUCUCUCUCUCUCUCUCUCUCUCAAAACAGUUGGUGAUGGUGGUUGCAGAGAAAAAGAUGAUGAAAAUCAUGAAUGUGAUCGACAAAGAAGAAAAAUCCACAACACAAAGCACAUUCAUAUACACUGUGUUUGAACUUUGAACUGUGAAGAAGAAGUUUCUAAAGAGAAACAAAAUGUUUAAGCUUCACAAACACAGGUCUCAGAAAUCUGGUGAUAAAAUUGAGUUCAGAAUUUCUCAUCUUAAGGCACUUCAGGUACCAAAGGGGUGGGACAAGCUGUUUGUUUCUGUUGUCUCUGUAGAAAAUGGUAAGACAAUUGCAAAGUCUAGCAAAGUAGCAGUGCGUAAUGGAAGUUGUCAGUGGUCGGAUACUUUUUCACAAUCUGUAUGUGUUUCAAGAGAUAACUCGUCGAAGGAGAUUGAUGAUUGUCUCCUCAAGCUUAUUGUUUCAAUGGGAUCAUUAAGAUCUGGAAUCCUGGGAGAGGUCACAGUUAGUAUGACCAGCUAUGUGAGUUCAGAUGCUGCUGUUCCACUUUCAAUCCCACUAAACAAGUGCAACCAUGGGACAGUUUUGAAUGUAACAGUGCAGUGCCUUACACCAAGAAAAAAACCCAGGGAUCAAGAAUCAAGGGAAACAAAUUCUCAUUUGAAGGGUAUGAAUGAAAAUAAUGAUGAACUGAAUCUCAAGUCCAAUGAAUCUGAUUGUUCAUAUGUACAGAGUGUUGAAUCUAACUCUGUUGGUGAUGUGGACUCUACCUUAUCAACUGGAGAAGUUGAGACUAUGGCAACAAGUCUUUCUGGUUCCGUAUCAAACUACAGCUAUAACUCAGCCGAGGAUUCCAUAGGAAGGGGAAAUAUCUCCCCGUGCAUCAGUGACAGGCAGAGCCCGACAAAUGGACAAGGUUCUACCAGUUCGCAGAAAAGUGUUUCCAAUUAUGAUUAUCCUGUUAACAACUCUUCUCAAUCGAAUCGUUCAUCAUUUAAUUGCCAAAAUAUGCAAGACAUUGGUGCAUCAUCUGCUAAGAUGACCAACGGUUCUACUAACAGUGUUGAAGCUGCAGAAGACACAAGUGAAGAGCUACGGGCAGAAGCAAAGAUGUGGGAGAUGAACGCCAGAAAGCUAUUGGGUGACUUGGAGAUGUUGAGGACAGAAUUCUCAGAUCAAUCCAAAAAGCUGGCAGGUCUGGAAAUGGACCUUUCAACAGCAUAUGUCGAACGCGAUAGUUUGAAAAAAGAAGUUGACCACUUAACAUUGCCAUCAGGAGAUCCAAUAGUGAGACAAAAAACUUUGGAAGAUUCAAUAUCUCAAGGUGAAUGCAUUCCAGAAAUAGAAAAUGCUUUAAAAGAUGAAUUAAAGUUCCAGAAAGAAUCCAAUUCCAACUUGUCAUUGCAACUAAAGAAGAGCCAGGAAGCAAAUGUUGAGCUUGUUUCUGUUCUGCAGGAACUAGAAGAAACCAUAGAACAGCAAAAACUUGAGAUAGAAAAUCUUUCAUCAUUACCCUCAAAACUCAGUGCUCUCGAGAAAUCUUUACAGAUAAGUGAAGAAGGAAAUAGGAUCUUUAUGCAACAAAUAGAGCAGUUGGAGGAAUCAAAUAAAAAUCUGCUGGCUAAAGUGCAAAACCUGGAAGAGAAGUUGGAGGAUAAAAUGCAAGACAUUGAGUAUGCAAAGAUUUCAAACAACAAAACACUUUCAGAUAUUGAAAUGGAAUAUGAAAGAAAGUUAUCUUCUAAAGAGGAAGAAAUCUCAAUUUUGAAAGCAAGGCUGUUAGAAUCUGUCCCAGAAACAUGUAAUGCGGAGACUGCGUCCAAAAAUAUUGGUGAUGCAGAUCUUUUGGAACAAAUGGAAACACUGAAAGAGAAAGUUCAGGAACUUGAGAUGGACUGUAAUGAGCUUACAAAUGAAAACCUCGAGCUUUUAUUCAAACUAAAAGAAGCAAAGACCAAUUCAAAAGAUGGAUGUACAUCCAAAGAUCUUUUGUCAGACAUGCUCAAUGAUCAAUCUUUUUUGAGUUUUGAGUCUGAAUCAAGCAACAAUUUAUUUAGAAUAUUUCAUUCAGAAGACAUACUCCCGGAGGAAAGCGCCAAGAAGAUUAAUAACGAUGGUCAUAUUUCAAUUCAAGAGCUUGAGACUUCCAAAUCAGCACAAGUCAAAAUCACAGAUCUAAAUAAUGAACUAACUGAUAGAACAUAUGAGAUGGAAAACCUUGAGGUGAACUUAUCAAGUAAAGAAAAAGAGAUUGAGGUUCUUCAGAAGCUCCUGAGUGAGUUGGAAGCCAAGGUUUAUCAUCUUGAACAAGAGAAACUUCAACUAGAGGAACACAUGGAGGACAGGUUAAAAGAAAAAACACAUGAAAUGAAGCACAGCAGAUCAGAUAUAGAACAUGAAAAUGGACAAUUGUUGACGCGGGUUUCUGUUUUAGAAAGUCAAGUGAGAGGUUUGACAAACGAACAAGAGUCCCAAUUAUCAGAACUAGAGAAUGCUAGAAAUAAUGCUUCAAGGCUUCAAGAGAAGGUUAUGGAGAUGCAGUCUGAGAUGGAUUCUUCCAUUGAAGAUUUGGAACAAAAACUAAAUGCGACACAAUUUCAUUGGUCAGAAGCACAAGAAGAAUGUGAAUAUCUCAGAGGAGAAAAUCAGCAGUUACAAAUUACCAUUGAAAAUCUUGAAGAAGAAUGCAAUUCAUUUGAGAAGCUAAAUGGAUAUUUGAGUCAGCAAAAGUUGGAUUUAGAGGAGCGUUGCUCCCUUGUGGGAGCCAGGUUAAGGGAAUCAGGCAAAAGAUUUGCUGAUUUCUGUGGAAGAGUAGGAUUGCUAGAAAAUAAAUAUGCUUUAAUGAUGGAAGAUAUUGCAUCAAAAGAAAUGAAUUUAAAUUCAGAUAUGGAUGGUAUUUUGGAUGAAAAUAGGAAACAUAUGGAUCAGGGUCAAAGCUUAUUGAAUCAGAUUCAAAUGGAGAAGAUGGUAGAAAUUCAGAACCUUAAACUAGAAGUAGAGAAUCUCAGCCUGAAACUUUCAGCAGCCUAUGAUGAAAAGGAGAGAAUAGCUUCCAAUGCUUUGCUUGAAGUAUCCACAUUACGUGAUGAAAAAGCCAAACUGGAAUCUGCUUUUGGAGAAGCUCAAUCUAAAGUGAUUUUGUCCAAGACUGAGAUUAAUAUGAUGCAGAGUGAAUAUGAACAGAAGUUGAAAGACAUAACAACUGAACUGAUGGCUGAACAUGAAAAAUUGUCAGAGCUGGUGGAGGACUACAAAUCAAGAGAACUGAAACUCAAAAGCACUAUAAGUUCCCUUGAAUCAAAACUCACAGUCACUGAAUAUGGAAGACAGCAAUACAUGGAAGAAUACGGCAAUUUGAAGGUUCAGUUGCAGCAGACAUGUGAACUUGAAAAUGAGAUUAUGGCUCUCAAGAGUGAGCUCAACGCUUCCAAUACUGAGAAAGAGAGACUGGAAGCCUCAUUAUGCUUGAAAUCUGAACUAUGUGAAGAUCUGAAGGCAGAGAAUACAUCAUUUGAACGAAAGAUAUCAAGCUUGGAGAAGGAUGCAUCAGAAUUGGAGCAUUGCAAGAGAACUAAAGCAUCCCUUGAAGAAAGGCUUACACAGUUGAAAAAUGAAUUGAUUGCAAGAGACACAAGAUGUGUCCAGGAAAAAUCUGAUCUUCAGAAAAAAGCUCAAGCCCUUGAAGAAGAAUUGAAACUGAUUAAGGAACAAAAGCGAAAUCAUGUUUCGAAGCUAAACAGGAAACCUGUUAACGAUGAUCAGAAGGCCUCAAAACUUAAUUCUAUGGUUAAGAAUACCAAUCAAGUUCGUGGCAAUAGAAAAAAGCCAUCUUUAAAGAAUGACAGAGAAAUCCUGAAAGAUCAACAGGACCCUUAUUACAGCAGGAAACAUCAGAAUGAGGUGGAAAGUGAGCAUGGACUUCUUGAUGAAAAUGUUCAUGUGAUUGAAGUUGAUUCAGUAUCAAAGGCUCAAUUGCUUGAAAAUGAAGUAGAAAAGGCAAAAGAAGCCAAUGACAUAUAUGAAGUUCAACUCAACAGGUCAUCACCUCAAGGACGAAACAACCAGGCAAGUGGCCCAGUUAAAUCGAUGGCUGAAGAAGAACUAGUGACGAAAGAAAAGUUUGAACGUACAAAAUCAAAACUAGAGGAAGAGUUGACAGAUAUUCAGGACCGCUACUUCCACAUGAGCCUUAAAUAUGCAGAGGUAGAAGCUCAGCGUGAAGAACUUGUAAUGCAACUCAGGGUUGCUAAGAGCAAAAAAGGAUGGCUCUCGUAGAACUAUGACCAUUAUCAUUUUUUAUCCUUACAAAUCUCAGGUGCACUAUACCAUGAAUUUGAAGUGUCACAAAGUUUUCAAUCUGUUAUAGCCUUAUAGGAUGUAUAGUAGUAGUAUACUUAAUUUUGAAAAGGAUCAUUGGUUUGGAGUGAAAUAAUGAAACCAUAACGGUCGUUGUAAAUAUCAGAAAUUUUGAAAUUAGAAUUUAACACAGAAAAUAUCUAAAUUGUGAUAUUAUGAUUGUCUUGUGGUUGAUACUAGUAGCUUUGUUAUAUGUACACUUUUCUUUGGUAUCCCUCCACUGAGUGGACCUA